AUGGCAUGUCAAAUCAGUACUCCUGAUAAUUGCUGUUCAUCGGUGAUACAAGAAAAUAAACACGAACAUGAAUGUUGCAUAUGUUUGGAUAAUAAAGAUUUAACGAUUGUAUUUGACUGCCAUCAUCAUUUCAAAUAUGAUCUGGAUAUUGGUUAUAGUCUAGGUUGCCCGAAUGGCUGUGCUAAUACGCUUCUUCGUGAACUGCACAUCUUUCAUUUGAUGGAUAAAUCGAAUUACGAACGAUAUAAAGCAUUUGGUGCUGAAGAAUAUGUAUUGUAUCAUCAAGGAGUGAUCUGUCCAAUACCAUGCUGCGGAUCUGGACUAAUACUAGAUGAAAACAAUCUAAAGAUAAAAUGUCCAUCGUCGAUUGGCUGUGGAAAAACAUUUUGUCGUAGUUGUAAAGCACUUUGGGAAGAUGAGACUGUUCAGACGUGUCCAUGUCAAACAGCAAGGGAAAAUGAUCGCAGUCAACCAGUUUCUCUUUGGAGUCAACUUUUUGGCUAUCGCAAGUCAACAGCGUCAUCGGUAAUGAUCAAAAAGUGCCCAAGGUGUUCCGUCAAAACGGAAAAAGAUGGUAAAACGAAACGAAUUCCAUUGUAA